UGUCUCACAUCAGGAGUGUGUGGAGGGGGCGGUUAUUGCUCAUCAGCCCCGGCUGUACCUUGUCAUGGUCGGACUUCCUUAACGCCGGCUACAGCUGAUGGGCACUAUGGAUGUGCCAGGAUAUCGCCAGAAGAUGGAAUUUUCAUCAGUGAUGAGUCAGAAGAGUCGGUUUCGCCACCGGCCAAGACUUUCGCCGAAGAGGACUUUGUAGAAGAAAGAAAUAUCUACGGAAUAAGCAAUCCGAACUUCAUCUUCCGUGAGUGUUGUGAGCAACGAGGACUGCCAGAUGCAUGUCUCAACAAGUGCCACUUCAACACCUACACAAGGGAUGCGCUCCAAUCGAUGUACUUCAAAACAGAUGGAUGUCCUAUUGAAGCGACCGCUGACAUGCACUUCUGCGCCGCUCAAGGACGAGAUCAUACCGAGUGCUGUCGGCGGAACGGAGUCACGACCACUCUUGCCGGGUAUAAAUGUCUGACAUUCUGCGAUCAACGGCCAGACAAAAUCACCAAACUCGACUACUCGUAUGUUCCAUGCUAUGAACGAUUCGAACAGAUGAAACAAUGCUUCUACAACGAUAUUCGAGAGAAGGCACGACGGCAGUACGGUAGCAGAUAG